CGUUGCCCUUGCAGGUGCUGCACUUCGUCCAGAUGAGUCGCGUGUCUCCGACAUGAAGUCACGCCAGCUCAUUUGUUUGCUUGCCCUGUCAGUUUUGAAGUUAUGCGCAGGGCAGAAUUUCCAAUGUCACCCAAACCAGUGGCAAUGUGAUGAUGGAGCUUGCAUCGCUGAUAUAUGGAGAUGUGAUGGAGAAGGGGACUGCCUGGAUGGCUCUGAUGAGAUGGACUGUACUGUUCCUCAAGGCUCCUCACAGUGUCCACCCGGUCAGUUUCCAUGUGUGGGCUCUGUCGGUUGUGUUGACGCAUCAGCACGCUGCGACGGACAGAAGCAGUGUCCAACUGGCUCAGAUGAGGAGAACUGUGCAGUCGCCGAUGGCUGUUUGGAAUCGGACUGGACUUGUGGGAACCACAUUUGUAUCUCCGGGGAACUGCGCUGCGAUGGAAACGACGACUGCAUGGACAACUCUGAUGAAGAGGGCUGUGUUUUGUGCAGUGAGGGGAGCCUACAGUGUGCAGAGGUGUGUCUGUCUGCUGACCAGAUGUGUGAUGGAAAGUUUCACUGCUCAGAUGGCAGCGAUGAGCCUGUUACCUGUGGGCAGUCCUGUUCUGUAAAUAAUGGCGGUUGUAGCCACAUGUGUGUAGAUCAGCCAUGGGGUGCUUUGUGCACAUGUCCUCCUGGAUAUAAACUCGACAUCAAUGGGGCAGUCUGCAAAGAUGUGGAUGAAUGCGCCCUUCCUUUUGCGCCAUGCCUCCAUCACUGCAGCAAUACAGAUGGAUCUUACUUUUGCCACUGCAGAGAAGGCUUUAAUCAGAAUGAAGGCUUUGCCUGUCUGGCCACAGGAAAUGUUACCCGGCUGCUGACAGUGUUGGGGACAUCUGUCGGGCUGCUGAAUGUGAAGUCACAACAUUUUGACGUGCUCCAGACUCUAAAGUUCAACCCAGUUGUCGUGACAUAUGACAUUGCCCGAGCCCACUACUAUUGGGCUGACAACAUGGGAGUCCUAUAUAAAAGUGAUGGGCAGCGCAGCUGGACAAUUCAUACUGGAGAGCCUGGAAUCAAAGGUCUAGCUUGUGAUUGGCUGAACGGAAACCUUUUCUGGACAAAUCAGAGGACAGAAUCAAUCUACAUGCAAGCAGAUGACGAACAAAGUUACACCGCUCUGUUGAGCAAAUCUAUCAGCCCAUCAGAAUUGGUUAUCCUUCCGGUGGAGAGCUUGAUGUUUUGGGUCAACACGGGCCCUGGUGAUAGGGUGACCAUAGAGAGGUCAUGGAUGGAUGGGUCAGACAGAAGCUCUCUGACAGUGCUCACAGCUCAAUUGGCCCAUGGACUGACAGCAGACGUGGCUGCCAGGAGACUGUACUGGAUCAGUGACUUCAAGAUGUCCAUUGAGACAAUGAAAGUGGAUGGAACCGGCCGCUUCACCUUCACUGGCCUGUUCAACAAGAGACCAGCUCUGAACCUGGCCGUGUUUGAAAGUUCCUUCUACUGGAUGGAUGACAAAGGACUCUGGCAGAUGCCGCAAACCCAACCAAACAAGAGGAAGUUUCUGGGGAAAUCCACACUCCCACUUUUGUCCGUUUACCAUGAGCUGCAGCAGCCAAAAGGUACAUCUGCAUGUGCCAAGACCCCGUGCCAGAUGUGCCUGCUCACCAAAGGCAACCCUGUGGGAUUUACCUGUACUUGUCCCAACUCCAAAGUACUGAUGGUUGACGGCACAUGUGAAUAUCCAAGAUUCCUGUACGCUACCGCCAAAAAUAUUAACUUGUUGGAGUUUAAAGACAGCCUGUCCACAGAAACUGAGCUCUUUGCUACGGACCAAGGCAUCUUGUCAUUUGAUGUGAACUGGAACACGGACUGGCUGUACUGGGCCAACCAAACUGGCCACAUCCAACGCACCAGCCUAACCCAUGUCAAGACGGAGUGGAUUCCUACAACAGUGUCAGUUUGUCUUAUCAAAGUGGACCAGAAGAGUGGGAGCGUGUAUUGGGUGUCAUAUGACCAAACCCGCAUAGGCUCAGUGGAAGUGGACAGUCGUUACCAGAAGCAGUUGUACCACACAACGAAGGAGAUUCGAAGCCUCUUCCUGGACUGGCUCAGGGGUGGAAUCAUUUGGUUUGAGGAGGAGCAGAUUUUCACCAUGAGCAUGACUGGAGGCAAGGUCAAAGAACUGUUGCACUUGACAGGAGUCAUCGGGGGCAUGGCCUUUGACUUGAGAGCUGGUAGUCUAUUGUGGAACUCCAACGACGCAGGCCUGAUGACAAUGAGUCUGCUCCAGGGGAAGAAACACCAAGCGGGAAGAAGAUGGAAAGUCUCUGGCUCUGUGAUCGGUGCCCUGGAGCCUUACCUGUUGUCUCUGUCCGAGGAUGUUAUGACCCUGUCGGACCGACGUGAUGGGCGCCCUAUCCAGGAUGUGGCAGUGAGAGGUCCCGUGGUCACUGUGCUGGCAGCACUCAGGGAUGUACACGCAGUGCCGGUGACUGUCAUCUGCACGAACGCAUUUAUGCAGUGCAAGGGCACAGCCAUCUGCCUGCCUCAAAGUAAGCUGUGUGAUGGCAAAAAGGACUGUCCAGAUGGAGAUGAUGAAAGUUUUUGUGUUAAAACAUGUCCAUCCAAAGAUGAUUUUAAGUGCAAGGACCAGAGGAGUUGUGUGUCAAAAGAAUUGGUGUGUGACGGCAGCUCUCAUUGCCACGAUGGCUCGGAUGAGGUCGAGUGUCCUGCUGUCGCCUCACUUGGGCCUCGGGUGAAUGCCCUCAAGUGUCGAAAGGGCUCGAGGCAAUGUAAGAACGGCAUAGAGUGUGUGCUGUACAGCCACGUGUGUGAUGGGGAGAAAGACUGUAAGGAUGGCUCGGAUGAAGAGGAAUGUGAGCAGGAUGUGACCCCAACGCAGCCAGCCCCCGGUGCAUCGAACAAAAUUGCCCCAAAAAUCGCAAGUUCUACACCAGCCCCGCCUGCAUGCAUCAGACCAUCCGUCCUUUGUCCCCAUCCUUCUGUUCGUCUCUGCAUCUACCCACAGCAGUUUUGUGACGGUCGAGAAGACUGUCCCGACGGCUUUGACGAAAAUAACUGUGUGAGGAGAUGUUCCUCUAAAAAAGAUUUCCGCUGCAAGGACCGUAGGAGCUGCGUCUCGAAGAGUCUCGUUUGCGACGGGCGUGCUCAUUGUCACGAUGGCUCUGAUGAAGCGGACUGUCCGAGUGUUGCCGUCCCUGUCGGCCGAGCAAAGGCCUUGAGGUGUCUCAUGGGCUCCAGGUUAUGUCGCGAUGGCAGUGAAUGUGUUCUCUUCAGUCACGUGUGUGAUGGAGAGCCAGACUGCAGAGAUGGCUCUGAUGAAGAAGGUUGUGACACUGCAAUGACGCCUCCAGGAAAUGGCCGCUUAAAUCGACCUCCGCUGCCAGUCAAUACGCAAGCUCCCGUCAAGCUCCCAACAUGCGCGACUCCUUCAUUUCUGUGUCCAGAUUCUACAUGCAUCCUCCCCACACAGAUAUGUGAUGGCAUAAAACAUUGUCCUGAUGGAUCUGAUGAAAAUACAUGUGUCAAGCGAUGUCCUAAUAAGUCGGACUUCCUCUGCAAAGACAGGCGGAGCUGUGUUCUCAAGAAGUUGGUUUGCGAUGGCCGAGCUCAUUGCCACGACAGCUCAGAUGAGGUUGACUGUCCGACCAUUGCUCCUCGUGCCAGCCGGGUUAAGGUGCCAAAAUGUCGCGUGGGUUUCUGGCUGUGUCUGGAUCAGACUCAAUGUGUUUCCUUCAGCCAUGUGUGCGAUGGCGAAAAAGACUGCCAGGAUGGGUCAGAUGAAGAGGAAUGUGAAAGACGGUCUUCCCCCAGUCCAGACUCAAAUGAAUUGCCCUCAUCCACAAAAUCCUAUGAUAAGCCAUCUUGUAUCAGUCCGUCAAUGUUUUGUCCGCACUCCUUUAUUUGCAUUCAACCGACACAGAUGUGUGAUGGAACAAAAGACUGUCCUGACGGCUCAGAUGAGAACUGUGUGAAAAGAUGCCCCUAUAAAACUGACUUUUUAUGCAAGGAUCGAAGGAGCUGUGUCUCCAAGAACCUCGUCUGUGAUGGACGUGCUCAUUGCCAUGAUAGCUCUGAUGAAGUCGGUUGUCCCGGUGUUAAAAUCCCUGCCAGCCAAGCAAAGGCCUUGAGGUGUCUCAUGGGCUCAAUGUUAUGUCAGGAUGGCAGUGAGUGUGUUCGCUACAGUCACGUGUGUGAUGGCGAGCCGGAUUGCAGAGAUGGCUCUGAUGAGGAAGGUUGCGAUGUCACAAUGGCUCCUCCGGAAAAUGUCCACUUAACUCCACCUCCUUUGAUUGUCAAUACUCGACCUCCCAGCAAGCCACCAUGCCAGAGUCCUUCAUUUCUGUGUCCAGAUUCUUCAUGUGUCCCUCAAACACAGAUAUGUGAUGGCAUCAAAGAUUGCCCUGAUGGAUCCGAUGAGUAUAACUGUGUGAAACGGUGCCCAAAUAAGUCGGACUUCCUCUGCAAAGACAGGCGGAGCUGUGUUCUCAAGAAGCUGGUUUGUGAUGGUCGAGCUCAUUGCCACGACAGCUCAGAUGAGGUUAAUUGUCCAACAAUCGCUCCUCCUGUCAGCCGAGUGAAGAUGCUAAAAUGCCGUGUGGGCUUCCAGCUAUGUUGGGAUGGGACUGAAUGCGUUCCCUACAGCCAUGUUUGUGAUGGAGAAAAAGACUGUCAAGAUGGGUCAGAUGAAUCUCUAUGUGAUACCCAGUCUACCUCCAGUCCAGACUUAAAUCCAUUUCCUUCGUUUGCCACGCCCUUGAAUAGGCCUUCCUGUAAGAGUCCAUCAGUAUUGUGUCCAAAUUCUUUUCUUUGCAUUCCCCCCACACAAAUAUGUGAUGGAACAAAAGACUGUCCUGAUGGAUCAGAUGAGGACUGCGUGAAAAGAUGCCCUUCUAAGACUGACUUUCUGUGCAAGGAUCGUAGGAGCUGCGUCUCAAAAUCUCUAGUGUGUGAUGGCCGGGCUCAUUGCCACGAUAGCUCAGAUGAGGUGGGGUGUCAGAGUGGAGUUCCACGCUCAACUCCAACUAAUGCUGUGAAAUGCCGUAAGGGCACAAAAUUGUGUGAAGAUGGCACAGAAUGUGUGCUCUACAGCCAUGUAUGUGAUGGAGAGAAAGAUUGUCGAGAUGGGUCAGAUGAAUCUCAAUGUGAAACCCAGUCGAGCUCCAGUCCAGGCUUAAAUCCGUUGCCUUCGUUUGCCCCGCCCUUGUAUCGUCCUUCCUGUAAGAGUCCAUCAGUAUUGUGUCCAAAUUCUUUUCUUUGCAUUCCCCCCACACAAAUAUGUGAUGGAACAAAAGACUGUCCUGAUGGAUCAGAUGAGGACUGCGUGAAAAGAUGCCCUUAUAAGACUGACUUUCUGUGCAAGGAUCGUAGGAGCUGCGUCUCAAAAUCUCUAGUGUGUGAUGGCCGGGCUCAUUGCCACGAUAGCUCAGAUGAGGUGGCCUGUCAGAGUGGAGUUCCUCGCUCAACUCCAGCUAAUGUUGUGAAAUGCCGUAAGGGCACAAAGCUGUGUGAAGAUGGCACAGAAUGUGUGCUCUACAGCCAUGUAUGUGAUGGAGAGAAAGAUUGUUUGGAUGGAUCUGAUGAAGAAGGAUGCCAGGAAACAUGCACAAAAGGUGAGUUUCAGUGUGCUCAUGGCGUGAUGUGCAUCCCUGAGGCUCAGGUGUGUGAUGGAAGAGCUCAGUGUAGUGACCGUUCCGAUGAGCUGGACUGCUUGAAACCAAUCAAAAGCUGCGAGUAUCACUGUGCAGAUGGCCAUCGCUGCAUCCCAAAGAAAUUCCUGUGUGAUGGUGAGCCAGACUGCGUCGAUGGCACGGAUGAGAUGGGAUGUGAUGCUGUGACCCCAACAAUUACACCUCUGAUUCAGAGUGCUGCUCCAGUUUGCAUCACUCCUUCAGUUGUAUGCCCAGGUUCGUCAUUGUGUAUCUCUCAAAAACAGCUCUGCGAUGGAAAAACAGACUGCCCAGAUGCGUUUGAUGAGAGCAACUGUGUUUUCAAGUGUAAACGCCCAACUGAUUUCUUGUGCAGUGAUCGGAGAAAGUGCAUCCGCAGAAUAUAUGUGUGUGACGGGCGUGCCCACUGUGCAGAUGGCUCAGAUGAGAUGAAGUGCAAAUCGCCUGAUCGUGGUUCACCUUCCUCCAGGGACAAGCCAGUUCCUCUAAAAUGCCGUAAUGGUUUCAAGGCUUGUAAAGACGGUCUGGAGUGUGUGAUGUACAGCCACGUGUGUGACGGUGAGGAGGACUGCCAGGAUGGAUCGGAUGAGGAGGAAUGUGCGACUGAAUGCAAAGCAGAUGAGUUUGAAUGUCAUCACGGUAAUAGAUGCAUCCAAACUGAGCAGGUGUGUGACGGACAAUAUGACUGUCAAGACCGCUCAGAUGAAAUGAACUGUGAAAAUAAACUCUUGGGCUGCCAUCACCGUUGCGAUAACGCAUCGCGUUGCAUACCAGAGACCUUCCUGUGUGAUGGCGAGAGAGAUUGUGCUGAUGGCUCAGAUGAAGAAAAGUGUGGGUUGACGCUCUGUGAGGUUGAGCAGUUCCGCUGCACUAGCGGUCAGUGUGUGUCUGUGGCUCUUCGAUGUGACGGCUAUGCAGAUUGUAGUGACCGGUCUGAUGAGGUCGACUGCUCAAGACCACCACGCUGCCCCGCGCACUUGCGAUGCCCUCACAGUCACGAGUGCCUGCAGAGUGAGUGGCUGUGCGAUGGUGAGAACGAUUGCAAGGACGGCUCAGAUGAAAAAAACUGUUUGACUAAGGCGCCACCGUGUAGGCAAUACCAGUGGCAAUGUGGAAGCAGCACUCAAUGCAUCCCCCUCUCCUGGAGAUGUGACGGGAAGGCUGACUGUCACAAUGGGGUGGAUGAAGACAAAUGCAAACAGAGAAGUUGCCCCUCUCACCUUUACCAGUGUGGCAGCGGUGAGUGUGUGGACCCGCGACUGGUGUGCAACGGCUUUAUCAACUGUGCUGACAGUUCGGAUGAGGGCGUGGGAUGCACACUGCGCAACUGCUCGAGUCCAUCAGCACCUCACUGUGAUCACAGUUGUGUCAGCACUCCAAAGGGACCGAGGUGUUACUGCGAAGCGGGUUUCACGCUACGUUCCGGUGCGGUGUCCUGUGUGGACACCAACGAAUGCAAUUUAAUGCAGCAUAAUGCAUGUAAACACGGCUGCCUCAACACCCGUGGGUCCUACGUGUGCCAAUGCCACCCUGGCUUCUACCUGGAGCCUGACAACAAAAGCUGUAAGACCAAAGAUGAGCCACUGCUCGUGGCAUCUGUUCAGUCCGAGCUUUUACUUCUUGGAGUUCAAAGUGGCUCCUUGCGCCUCCUGUCCUCCGCCAACCGGCCGGUCUUUUCGUUGGAUUACCACUGGGCUCAGCAGAGGGUUUACUGGCUCAGUCCAGACUACCAGAGCAUCCGCUGGGCAGACAUGACAAAGGACUCCACCAAUAAAGGGACACUUGUCAAAGGUGUGAAGUCAGAUUUCAUUGCGGUGGACUGGGUAGGUAAGAACCUCUACUGGGUGGAUGGACUUGUGGGCCAAAUUCGAGCGGUGCGGCUCAGUGACACCACACUGAAGUCUCAGGAUUACACAGUGGUGCUGGCUGAAGAUCUUGAGCAGCCACGCUCACUGGUGCUGUUACCACACAAAGGAUUUAUGUUGUGGUCCGAGAUUGGCAGCACCCCUCAGAUCCAGCGUUCAGGGAUGGACGGCUCAGAGAGGAAGGCGGUGGUGACCAGCGGUUUGAGCUGGCCCGUAAGUUUGGCCUACGAUUUCCUGGACGAGCGCGUUUACUGGGCUGAUGAGAAGCUGCGCUGCAUUGGCUCGGCCUCCCUGGAUGGAGAUGAUGUCAAGGUUCUCCAGUUAGCUGAAACUCCGAGCCCCUUCUCAGUGGCAGUGUUCAAUGAUCGGGUUUUCUGGUCCGACACGAAGCGAAGAACCAUCCGUUCAGCCGACAAGAACACUGGCAAAGACCAGAAGGUUCUUCUCAAAAGACCAGGACAGCCUUUUGGACUGAAGCUGAUGCAUGCCCUCUGCCAGCCCGCCUUAUCCAACCCCUGCGACCAGCUGCGGUGCUCCCACCUGUGCCUUCUGACAGCUGGCGCUCCUGUGACGCAGCCUGCUGCAGUCUGCCGCUGUCCAAAGGGGCUGCUCCUUUCUAAGGACAAGAUCACCUGCUCUCUGCCUUUGGACUCUACUUUCAUCUUGCUUCUGUCGUCGACAACAGUCUAUCAGGUUUACUUUCAGUCCUUGCGUCAUGAUGGGGUCGGUCUGAAAAACAUGCCAAACAGUCGAGUGUUGGUCGUUCCUGGGGUUGUUGAGGCCUCUGGACUCGACCUAGCCCUACAGCCCAUGUCCUUGUUCGUGGCUGAUGCCAAACAAGGUACUGUAGAUGUGCUGAACUUAAGCGGGCCGAGGUCCAGACAGGCACUUACAGUAACUGGGCAAGUUAUGCAACUAAAGGAUGAUUCCGUCAUGGCUCUGGCUGUUGACUGGGUUACUUCGAACAUCUACUGGAGCAGCACCAGACGACCUAAUCUGCAUGUGACCAGCAGUCCUGAUGGCUUCACCGCCUCUCUAUUGCAGGAAACGGUUAAGCGCACAACAUCCAUUGCAGUCCAUCCUCCCUCAAGUCAACUUUGCUACACAGCCCUUGUUGGCAGUAAGAACCAGGCUGAGGUGAGCUGUGUCUGGAUGGACGGCCGAAACAAAGCAGUGCUUUGGGCAAAAUCCGCCCUCCCUAUGUCAGUGGUUUUUUCCGAUAAUGGGACGACACUCUACUGGGCUGACACAGUUGAAGGCCUAAUCUGCUCUAUUGGACUAGAUGGCUCAGGCUACAAACAAUACAAAAUGGGGCCUGGUUUGAUUACAUCCGUCACGUACACUGAGAAUAUGCUCCUCUGGAUAACACUGGAGAAGGACGUCACCAAAAUGUGGUUCAGCGAUGGCCAUCAUCCGAAACAGCUGUGGUUUGAGACAAAAACCAACCUUGUGGAAAUUAAAGUUUACAGUAAUGACAGCCAGACAGGAUCCAAUAUGUGCGCCAACAACAACGGGGACUGUGAACAUCUGUGCCUGCCUUAUCCCGGAGGCCGCACGUGCAAAUGUGCUCGCGGAUUCUACAGCGCCAGUCCCACAUCCUGUGCACCAGAGCACCCGUGUCCCAAAGGAGAGCAAGCUUGUCUUGAUGCUAGCAAGUGUAUCCCGAGCAGCAAGUUUUGCGAUGGCCUUGCGGACUGUCCGGACCAGUCAGAUGAACAAGACUGUCCACAAAUGAACGCCCCCUCUGGCACCAAAGUCAGUGGCGGUCAUCUUGCCGAGUCUCCACUCGCACCUCCUCAAAACUCCAAGGACACUUCCUCAUGUAGUCAACAACAUUGCAACGGCCAUGGCCAUUGCGCCACCCAAGGCAACGUCAUUCACUGUCAUUGCGUGGCUGGCUACCGAGGAGAGUUCUGUCAAGAGAAGGAAAAUAGACGAAGCCAUGUCGGUGUGGUCCUGGGGGUCUUCUGCCUAUUUGCUGCAUUCAUGGGGGUCGCUUUCGUUUUUGGAAAAAGGGCUUGGGUAUCAAUCAGAGGAAAAGCACCUGACAAAGAAACAUUGAUGUCAAACAUGGCACUGCAAUCUGAACAUCUGGAGGCUGACAGUGAGGAGCUUGAGUCCUCAAUAGACUUGAAGAACCCCCCAGUAGCGUCGUAGCAGUCAUCUGCGGACAGAUUCAUAGACUGUUAUUGCAGCUAUGCAACUUUUUAGUUUUAUAUUGCAAGACUUGACUAAAUAAAGGCAUUACUGUUUACU